UUGGGCCCGGCGGGGCUGCCCGGCUCCCGCGGUGACGGGCGGUGACGGGCGGUCCCCUGGCAGGGUCUGAGGCCUGAGGGUCCCGCGGAGCAGCGCCUCGCCGUGGAUGAGAGUCUCGCUGGGAGAGAGGAGGUCCCCGAGCCCGGCUGGGAGCCAUGGCCGCCGUGGUGGCCAAGCGGGAGGGGCCGCAGUUCAUCAGCGAGGCGGCGGUGCGGGGGAACGCCGCCAUCCUGGACUAUUGCCGGACGUCUGUGUCGGCCCUGUCGGGAGCCACGGCGGGGAUCCUCGGGCUGACCGGCCUGCACGGCUUCAUCUUCUACUUCCUGGCUUCCGUUCUCCUCUCUGUGCUCUUGGUGUUAAAAGCGGGACGGCGAUGGAAUAAGUACUUUAAAUCCCGGAGGCCGCUGUUCACGGGGGGGCUCAUAGGAGGGCUCUUCACGUACGUCCUGUUCUGGACUUUCCUUUACGGCAUGGUUCAUGUCUACUGAACCGACCCCCUUGGCUGCACUGGUUUUUAACGAAGCAGGAGGACUGUUGCCAAAAAUCAUCUACACGACUUGGCCAGCUCACCUUUCACACCAUUGUUCAUUGCUUGUAUGGUUAAUACUGUCAGUAAAUUAUGUCCAAGUACAGAUGAAUCAGUGGUACUGUUCUAAUUAAACUGAAUGUGAAAC